UUUUUAGAAAAAUUUAAAUGUCAACUAAAAUUAAAUAACUUAAAUUUAAAUGUUUCUCAAUUUUUGUGUUUAUUCGAAAUGCAUAUACUGAUUUCUACUGAAUUGAUUAAAUAAUGCUCAGUAUAAAAAGAUCACAAAGCAUUUUAAGUAAAAGGAAUUUUUUUGGGACAGCCAGUCUUUGUUUAAUACAAGAAAAUAAAACAAUUAAUAGUUAUUCAGGACUAGCAAGUGAAAAAAGAAAUUUCUUCUAUCAUUCACAAAAAUGCAUACCUUUUAGAAACAACACAUUGUUUCAAAAAAUUAAAGUAUCACAACCAUUUGAAAGUCGAUCUCUUUUGACAAAUGCUAUUUAUGAAUGUAGUCCUAAAUUAAUCAAGCCUUAUCUAGAUUUGAUUCGGUUUCAACGAACAAUAGGUACAUGGCUGCUUUUUUUUCCUGGUUCAUGGAGCAUUGCAAUGGCUGCACCUGUUGGUAUGUUUCCAGAUGCAAAGUUGCUUCUGUUGUUUGGCAUUGGCUCAUUUCUAAUGAGAAGUUCUGGUUGUAUUAUCAAUGAUAUGUGGGACAAAGAAUUUGAUAAAAAGGUUACUCGAACUGCAUCUCGUCCAUUAGCAACUGGAGCAUUAUCUCAGACUGAAGCACUUAUUUUUCUUUCUGGAAUGUUAUCAUGCAGCUUAUGUGUUCUUUUGACACUUAAUUGGUAUAGCAUAUUUCUUGGAGCUUUUUCAAUGAGUUUAGUUGUAACGUAUCCUUUAUUUAAAAGAGUUACUUAUUGGCCACAGCUUGUUUUAGGUGCCACACUUAAUUGGGGAGCCCUACUCGGUUGGUCUGCUGUUCAAGGUGAAUGUAACUGGAUAGUGUGUCUUCCACUCUAUAUGGCUGGUAUAUCAUGGACGCUUUUAUAUGAUACUAUAUACGCUCAUCAGGAUAAAGUUGAUGAUGCAUUGAUUGGAGUAAAGUCUACAGCACUUCUUUUUGGCGAUAAUACAAAAAAAAUGCUUUCUCUAUUUUCUGCCUGCAUGAUCACAGGGCUUUUUGUCUCAGGGUAUAGUAGCGAGCAAUCGUGGCCGUAUUAUUUAUCGUUAUUACUAGUUGGUUUGCAUUUAUCAUGGCAGAUACAAACUGUGAACUUGGCAAAUCCUGCAGAUUGUUCAGGAAAGUUUACUUCAAAUAAAAACAUUGGUUUAAUUCUAUUUUUUGGAAUUUUGUUAAGUAACUUGCUAAAACCACAAGUUGAAGAUGUUAGAUGUAACAGUUUAAUCAUCUCUGAAAAACAAGUUGAAGACGUUUAAAACAGUUAAAGUAAAUUAGAGACAAUAUGAAUUGGGGUAAAAUUGAUAGAAAAAAAGUUAUUUAUUGUGGCUGAUUAGUAUUUUAAUAACUUCCUCAGAUAGAAAAGUAUUGCAGUGUGAUUUUUAUUAAAUAAUAAUUUGCUAUGCAAAA